CUUCUUUAAAGAAUGUCUGGUCGCGGCAAACAAGGCGGCAAGGCGAGAGCCAAGGCCAAGUCUCGCUCUUCCCGUGCAGGGCUUCAGUUCCCGGUCGGUCGCGUCCACCGUUUGCUGCGUAAGGGGAACUACGCCGAGCGGGUGGGCGCCGGCGCUCCAGUCUACCUGGCGGCGGUGCUGGAAUAUCUCACGGCGGAAAUCCUGGAGUUGGCCGGCAACGCUGCUCGGGAUAACAAGAAGACCCGCAUUAUCCCCCGUCACCUGCAGUUGGCCAUUCGCAACGACGAAGAGCUCAACAAACUCCUGGGCAAAGUGACCAUCGCUCAAGGGGGCGUGUUACCCAAUAUCCAAGCGGUCCUCUUGCCCAAGAAGACGGAAAGCCACAAAGGCAAGUGAAUUGCUGCUACCCGACUUCCCAACUCAACCCAAAGGCUCUUAUUAGAGCCACCUACAUCCUCUAAGAAAGAGCUGGCCGUCUCUUCCUCUCCUAGAAAUAAUCCUUUAUUUGCUUGCUCCAGUAUUUCGAAUCAAGUUGUCAAACUGCUUUUAAUAACGCGAUCAUGUUAUUAAAGUGUGUCUCCUUGAUUUGUAUCUGUUCUAUGGGAGUUAUAAUCUGUCCACAUCGGAGGCCCUUGUACCCCAAAGGGAAGGAACUCCGAAAGUGAAAUGGUGCAUAACUGAAGGCCGACUUGAAUCUGGGUCACCCAGGGGUUUAAUUGUUCUCAGAACUCUUUUAACUGCAGUUUUUAAUGUUUGAUUUAUCUGAGGAUGGGGAAGGCGGCAUUGGCUGCAAAGGUUCAGUAACCGGAGGCAACAUUACCAGCCACUAUUAUGGC